AUGAUCCCCGCGGAGUCGACGGAGCCUACCAAUGCCUCAUUCAAAGAACUGGUCAAGUCAAAGCCUUCUCUUUUAUCCAAAUGGAGAGAAUUUUCCACGGACACAACUGUCCAUGGGCUACGAUAUAUCGUCCAGACGUCGCUACCUAGUUAUAGACGAAUAGUUUGGGCACUUCUAUUCCUUGUGGCCUUAGGAGCUUAUUUUUACAAUUCAACAAGAAGCUUCAAAAAAUAUUUUCCAAGACCAAUAAAAACUGAAAUUUCGGAAGAAACGCCUCUGGAUGGCUUGAAAUUUCCAGCAGUUACAAUCUGCAAUUUAAAUCAGUUCAUGAAAACGAAGAUAGACACAACUGACGAGGACCAAAAUUUUGAAAAAUUGGGAUUAAACAUCAGCGGAUGCAGUGAAACACGAAGUGUUCGUGGUAAUCUGACAUGUGGCCAAGCUUUAUUAUGCGUUUUCGUUGAGUUUGGUCCCCUUCUGGUGGACAACUGUGACUUUGCAACCAGGCAGAGAAUAAUGAGUGUCCUUAAUCACACGAAACGUAUCUAUGACGAAAAAGAAUUCCUUGCUAAGUAUGGGCACGACCUCUUUGGCGAUAGAAGCAUGAGUGGACCUUCAAAAUACUGUGUUUUUGAAGACGAGGAAUAG